CAAUUUAUUUAUUUAUUAUUGUUCUGCUAUCAAAGCAAUCUGGCCGUGGGCCAAAUAUUAUUGCUGGUGGGCCGGUUCUGGCCCGCAGGCUGCCUCUUGCCGACCACUGGUUUAGGGGCUACUGCUGAAUAGCAGCCACGAGGGAGUGUAGACUUGUACAAGGUCUGGAAUGUAAUGAGGUGCCAGCCCAUUUAGUGAUUUAAAAACAAACAGAUCUUAAAAUGUUUCCAGUUAAAAGACAAGCAGCGGCGUUUUAGACUAACUGUAGGCCUAUUGCAGUACAAUGCUGUUUACUUGAAACAAACAAACAACAAAUUUCAUAUUUCUGAUAUUCUCUGUAAUGUAUUGGACUUAAUUGAUAACCCUUCCAAAGCCUGUCAGUAGCCUACAGCUUAAUAAAAGGAACAUAUUUACAUUAUCCAUACACCAUUGCCCAGUAUCUGUAUUUAAACCUUUUUGCAUAUUCUGUUUAUAAUUACAGUCAUGGAUUUGGGUUGCUGUUCCCAUGACGUCAAAGCCCUUGACUGACCUUGGUCUUUUGAGCUUUGUCUGUAAACAGGAGAGCUGGAAGAGCUGGACAGCCAGAAAUCAUCUUCAAGCAGAGAGCUGUCCCGAAAUGAAGGAGCCAGUGAGAACUCCACAGAAGAAGAGAGAAGAAGUCAGCGGGUUCUUCCAACUGUCAUCACACACCAGGACUGGAAACUGGAAAGUUUUUUCUCUCCGUCCCACCGAGGGACCGGCUCACUCUGCCCCACAGAGAGCUCAACCCUACCACUCUGGUACUAAGCCGAAGAGGGAUACCACGUCUCAAACUCUGAGACUCUGAGGAUUUUUUUUCUUCCUCAAGAGAAGGGAGGUACUUUUUUUCAUAAAGAAUGGGAGACUAUGAUGAAGACACUGCAUUCCUCGGACAGACUGGUCCUUAUUUUUGGACCACAUUCUUCCUCCUAAACACAGUUUUUGUCUCAACUGGAUUCAACGGACUUUACAUUGUCUUUGUUGGGGCAGCUCCGAAACACCACUGCCUCAUUCCAGACAUUAACUUGACUGAGGAGUGGAGAAAUGCCAUCAUUCCAUUGACGAUAGUGGAUGGUGAGGAGGUGCAGAAUCAGUGCAGCAGAUAUAGGCUGGAUGUGGUGAGAAAUCUCUCCGCCAAAGGAUAUAUUCCUGGAACGGAUGUCAUCCUACCUAACUUGGAGCAGGAGGGAUGCUUAGAUGGAUGGACCUACAGCAAAGAGAUCUACCAAGCCAACAUAGUCACUGAGUGGGACCUUGUUUGUGACAACCAGUGGAAAGUUCCCUUUGCAUCCUCAACUCUCUUUGUGGGAUACCUCGUUGGGUCCCUAAUCUCAGGGCAGCUUUCUGACAGGUAUUUCAUCUUAUUUAUCAGUGAAAUUCCUCUAAACACACUGAUGUCAUAG